AAGUUGGAAGGGAAAGUCAUUUCAUGCAUCAGAACAAGACUACUGUCAGCAGAAAAUCCAGUAUCAAGAAGCUGAGGUUUUUUGGACUCAUUUCAACGGUUGUUCUUUUUAUUGGCGUAUUUUUAUGCUAUUGGUGCAUGGGCAACAGUUCGUCAAGCAGCAUGGCCACCCCAAUCGUGAUUGGACCCCGAGCAGCCCACAGAGCAACGUUGAUUUUCCUACACGGCUUGGGGGAUACUGGACAUGGCUGGGCACAAGGAUUUGCUCAACUUAAUAUGUCUAACAUCAAAUGUGUGUGCCCUACUUCGCAAAUACGAAAAGUAACCUUAAAUGGUGGUAUGCCUAUGCCUUCUUGGUUUGAUAUAUAUGGAUUAGAUCCUGAAGCAAGGCAGGAUGAAGAUGGAAUUAAAAAAGCAUCACAAGAAUUGAAAGAUUUGAUAAAAGAAGAAGCAAAAAGUAUAUCAACAGGAAAGAUAUUUAUUGGAGGAUUUUCUCAGGGAGGAGCAGUGGCUUUGUACACUGCCUUGACGUCAGACUGCCAACUUGCGGGCCUAGUUGGCCUCAGUACAUGGCUUCCACUUCAUGGCAAAUUCAUGGGUAACCAGAUAGAAAAAAGUAAAUAUGUAAAAGAGUUAAAAGUGUUUCAAGGGCAUGGUAAGGUAGAUCCAAUGGUGUCACACACCUAUGGACAGAUGACCAGCAAGAUCCUGGCAGACAAUGCAAAGAGUGUCAACUUUAAAUCCUAUGACAACAUGGGUCAUAGUUCAUGUGCACAGGAAAUGGCAGAUAUAAAGGAGUUUCUGGAAUCAAUCAUCCCCAGUGAAUGACAACCUCAGUAGUCACAUAUCUCUGGGGAAAACAAGGGAAAGAUCAACAGUUUUGUGUUUAAUACAACUGCAGCCGAGGAGGUCUUUUUUUAUGUCAUUAUUGCGAUGUGGCAGGGAGCAUUUGGAUGCAACCAAUUAACUUUCUAUGUGAAAUAAUGCAAAAUUGAACACUUCACAUCUGAUCUCUGUAGUAAAAACAAUUGUGGUCACUCAACCAUGUCUGGUAGAGAUAUUUUGUCUCUUUAGUUAUUGUGAACAUCCAAUCGUGUCUGGUAGAGAUAUCCUGUCUCCUUAGUAAUUGUAUUCAACCAACCAAAUGGUAGAGAUAAAAUCUUGUCUCUUUAGUAAUUGUUGUCUAGUAGUUUUGGAUGAAGAAGCUGUAAAGGAAGAUUUGUGUUGACAAUCAGUAAUUGGUAGUAGGUUUUUGUACAGAGCAGUUUGACAUUUUAUCUUUUGGUAAUGUUGUAUGAGAUGGUUCAAUCCUCAACGAGCAACUGUCGUCAAUUACAAAUCAUUGACGAGGCUAAAUGUCAGUUAAGAAUGGUAGGUAUAGUAGUGUCUUUUUCCAAUUUUUACUCACCUGACCUUUUUUUCUCUUGUAUGGAGUUUUAGAAUAAGAUAUACAAUUUUUCCUAAAUAUAAACAAGUCUUCACUACAUUGAAUAAGAACAUUAGGCAUUGAUUUUUUUUUUCUACUAAUAAAUCAUUCCAAACACCUGGAUUUAUUCAUUGCUAAAUUCAUUCCAAAUUGGAUUUGAAAACUCUUUUAGUGUGCAUCAAGUUUGAUAAUUAAAGAGAUGUUUUCUGUUGAUUUUCUAUAUUUGUAAGAAAGAUUGGCAUUUUUUUCUUGCUAAAGUUACAAACUGUGCCACAUAAUAGUAAAAAGUAUACGAUUGAGUCACAAACAGUACCAUAUAAAGAUAAUUUAUUAUACAUAGUAUAUGAUUAAGUUACAAACAGUACGAUAUAAACAUAAUAUAUUAUAAAUAGUAUACGAUAAAUUGAUAUUGUUAUGAUUUGAUAUCUUUCAAAUUCCUGACAUGAUAUGAGGCAGCCAUCUCAUUCCAAUCUUGAGAGAUGGAAAAGUAACUGAUAGUAUAUAUUUUGUAGGCAAUGAAGAGAUCUUCAAAGUAUGAAGCCAACAUACACUGAAACCUUUGAGCUAAUUAAGUUCAGGUAAAACAGUUUGUCCUGAACUGAUUGAUAAAGUUUUAAAAUGUUAUGUGUUACAGUGUAUUACUAGAAUUUUCAUUUUCACUGAUAUUAUUUAUGGAAAGUUAUUUGACUUUAGAAACAUUUCAUCAAUGUGAUCUAUUUUUCAUUUACACAAAAUAUAGUAUUAUUAUAAACCAGGACAGGUUGUAUAGAACAAGAGGUAAUGUCUGUUUUUUAGGUUGGUAAGAUCGCUGAUCUAAUCAAUAUACUGGAGAUUAUAAUGGCAUCAUGAAUUUCAUUAACAACUUAUUUCAAUUAAUCUGAAGGUUUUGUCAUUUGACAUAUCACGACAAAAAAAAAGAAAAAAAAAAAACAAGAAAAAAAACUAAUAUUAUUGAAUGCAACUUUUUCAGAUCUUGUAUGAACAUAUUUAUUUAUUGAAAUUGUAUUAUCUUGUGGUAAUUAAGAAUGUUUACAACUAGCCUCAUUUGAGAAAAAACAAAAACAAAAAAAAGGAGAACAUUUGCAUAUUUGUAAGAUACUACCAGGAGUGUGCCUUUGGUUGAACUACUUCAUUGAUACCGUCAUAAAUCAAUCAUAUAUUCCAGCAGUCAGAUUCAACAGCAGUCAUGUAUAACUUAGGUUUAUAUCAACACCUUUUGGUCUAAUCCUCAUUACUGUGUAAACGUUUAAGAUUUAUGUCAAGUCUAUGCACCUGUCUAUAGAAAACUGACAACUACAGGUAAUGAAGAACAAGGGCGGUUUUUUUUUUGUUUUUUUGUAGCCAUAUUUUUUUUCUGUAAACUUUGUAUACAUCUUUGUUAAAAUUAUAAUUGAUGUACCCAUUAUUAUGAUAGGUCAUGCUAUAUACUCUACAAUUUGUAUUCUUUUUGUUUUCAUUCCUCUUGUUCUGUAAACCAACUCUCUUUCAUGUGCAAUUUACAUUCACAAAUCUGAUGAUCCAAAGAAGAUAAUCAAUCUGCAUUCAGACCAUUUUCAGUAUAGAAUGAAAGUAUGAGUACAGCCUGUUUUGUGAAAAUAAGUAUGCUUGAAAAGAAAGUUCGUUUGCAAUAUACAGAAGUAUCUUCCAGGCACUUUGAUUGUAUACUGUUUACAGGGAAACUUUUGCUGUAGUUAACUGUAGGUAGUUUUUGCCUGUUUGCCAACAGAAUGAAAAUGAAAAAGGGGUUUUAUGCCAAAAUACAUGUUUUUAUGCAUUAACCAAUUGUUUGGAUUUUAUGCUGUUUAUGCCAGGGUAAAAGAAUCACUGGGCAAUUUUUCCGUGUAUGUAGUGAUACCAAACCAACUAGUGUCAUGCAUUUGUUUAAAAGUACUUAGAUGUAGCUUAAUUGAAUAUUAUGUCAUAACUCAUCCACCAAACACAAAGAUUUAUUUUAGAGAUCGCCAAUAAGACACCAACUUUGCAUUUAUAUAUCUGGCACUACCAGAAAGAAGCACCGCAUGAACACCUAUUUGCAAUAUUCUUAAAUUUAAAGAAGAUAUAACAUCAUUGUGUAGUUAUCAAUAUCCAAUGUAUAUCAACCUCACAUUCCUCUAAACUGGUACACAUUUUGUUAAAAUACCGCUACUGGCAGCAGUGACAUGUGAGUUCAGUACUAAUGUAGCAAGUCUUUAAGCUGUAUCUAGACGCAGUUGUACAAUGUUUUGUUUAACUUUCAGUAUAAAAAAAAUGAAGGGGGAAAAACUAAUGAAUUUAUCUACAAUAUAUAUAUAUGUGAAGUGAAUAGUUUAUAAGAAUAAGCCAGACCAGAGAGUAGGUUGUUUUCUGUCUAGGUAAAGGAUACACAACUGUUUGGAAAUGGCACUUAUAAGUUAAUUUCAGGAUGUAUUGAGAAUGAUUUAAACUUUAUUGAAUUAAAUAUCGGUUGCUUUUCAUCAGAAUUUACCCACUUAAUGUAUUUUUGUUUUAUUUUUUAUCAUUAGCAAACAGUAUUUUCUUGUUUAUGAGGUAAUUAUGAAAAAUUGUAAACAAACUAAUGAUGCUUGGUCUGCAAGUUAUCAUGAUUUUGUUAAUUUUCUUUUUCAUACCAAUAAAACACGAUGUGUUCAUGGUUA